AUGCAACGGUUGAGGGGAUGGACACUUUGGAAGGUGAUUUCGUUGCGACACGGACUCGAGUCUGGUGCCGUUAGUCAGAGUUCUCCCGAGUACCUUCUGGUCAGCCCAGAGACCGACUUCCGUGUCGAGUCGCUAGGGCGCAUACCGCCACAUUCAUAUACACUUUCACCAGACUGGCACACUCGCAACAGCAUUUCAGACACACACACACACACACACACAGACGAGGCCCAGCGUGUGAGAACACGAUGGGCGAACGCAACUUUGCAUUCUCCAAAGCCUCGGCCAAUUCAUACCCUCACGACCAUGCCCACGGGUCAGCAUUCUACGCCCACACCAGUUCACACUACGCCUAGGGCAGACGGACUCACACGUCGGUCUGUCGGCAGCCGUGUGCGCUUGUCUGCUCUGGUGUGUGGCCAAGCGUGUGUGUUGGUUGUGCUCGCCAGCCCGACCAGACGAGCAGACUUGGUUGGGCAGACGUUAAAGGAUGGCAUGGGCUGA